AUGCUGCGUACACGGAAGAGGAAAGAGCCGUCGUUGAUGGACGAGCUCAAAGAGCUGGACCUUCUUGGAGAAGGUGAGAUGGUAGACAUACCGGAUCUGGAGUUUGAAGACCUCAUCGAGGAGAACACGCUGAGUGUGAUUGUGCGAUGUCUCAACCCGUACGUUCACAAAGUAGGUGGUCUUGUUAAAGCUCUCCCACCCAUAUGGGGCCUGGAGGAUAGAGUUAGAGGAAGAGGUGUAGGAGCUGACCGAGUCCAGUUCAUAUUCGAAGCAGAAAGAGAUCUCCAACACGUCCUAACCAAAGGCCCUUGGUUCGUUAAUGGUUGGAUAGUUUCCGUAGACAGAUGGACACCACAACCAGCUCCGGAGUUCCUGAAAAGGAUUCCCUUUUGGAUCCGCAUCAAAGGACUCCCAAUCCAUCUGCUGAAGAGAGAGUUUGUGGAGACUUUGAUGGGGCCGCUGGGUAAAGUGGAGGAUGUGGAGCUUCACGCUAAGAACUCGAACUCCAUAGAGUAUGUGAGAGCCCUGGUCUGGAUAAACACAGAGGAGCCACUCCAGUUUAGAAGAGUAGCAAGAUUCAAAUCGGGAGCGACACUGCCCACUGAACUGGAGUAUGAGAAACUACUCAAAGUGUGCUUCACCUGUAAGAUACUUACCCACGACCAAACAAGAUGCCCACAACAGAUCUCCAUAGAGAAGGAAGGUGGAGAAGGAAGACAGUCCCAUAGUCAAGGAGAGCAGUCACGGGACCCAAAAGGAGCGGACAUGGCUCCUCAGAAGGAAGUCUCCAAAGGAAGAAAACAAAAAGGGGUGGAGAUAAGAGAGACUCAGACAGUUCUGGGAGCCAGAGGAGGAAGAGAGGCGACUAGAACUUCAUCGAGAGGAGCAAGAGGAAAGGAAAGAGUAUUGUGGAAACACCACAAUUGA